GAAACCCCAUGACAGAGAGGAUGAUAGUCAUAUCCACCUGGAGUUUAGAGGUGUCAACAUCAACGGCUACAGAUACACUCACAUUAACCACAUUGGAUCUCCUGAAAACUGGUAUUCAUGACAUGUCAGUUGUAUUUAAAGAAGUGAAGACAUGAUGAAUGGAGAAACAAAGAUUCAUGCCCUCUCAGGGUCUUUAACUUUGGAGGACAAAGAAAAAGGAGGGGUCGACAUGUCAGGAAUCACAAGUCCAGCAAUCAGCCUGAAGGAAGAAGAUCAGCUUGUUGCUGCAACCGUUCAUCUGGAUCACCUCAGUAAAGAUGAAGUGCUAAAAUUGAUCAGAAUACUCGAGCCCUAUGACAAGAACCUUGAACUAAAGACAGCAAAAGAUCUGAAAGCAGGACUGUCUCUAGGUGAUCUUCGACUGAACAGUGAGCCAGGACUUCAAGCACCAGGUGUUCAGGUUAAUGGGCUAAAUGGACAGAUAAAUGCCCCAAGCCUUAAGGGUGGCAUCUCAACCCCAACAGUAAAUGCAGAAAUGCCACAGAUUGAGCUAAAGCAUGCCACACCUAACUUCAGCAACCCAGGGUUCAAAAAGGCAACUUUUGGCUUGUCUGCACCAAAUCUCGAAGGAGCAGGUUUGGAUGGUACAUUCCAAGCACCUGAUGUCAGUGUCUCUACCCCUGCACUUAACACCCCAGAUGUUUCUGUUAAUGUGGACAAACCUGAACUGAAUACUAAAACACCUAAGUUUAAAAUGCCCACCUUCAGUCUACAUGGUAAAAAACCAAAGGUUGAUGGUGAUUUGAAUCUAACCACCCAAGACAUAAAUGCGGACCUAAAAACCCCUGAUCUAAAUCUGUCAGCCCCAAAGAUUAAUGGAGAAAUUGGGACCCCUGACUUAGACAUGACCUCACCAAAAGCUGAAUUCAGUAGUCCUAACCUGGACAUCGAAACACCAAAAGCUAAUAUUGAAGCUCCCUCUGGCAAGAUAAAAUUUCCUAAAUUCAAGAAAGCUAAGACUACAAAAAUGAAAGUACCACAGGCGAGUGUUGAUGCAAAUCUUUCUGGUUCAAAGGUAAAUGCAGAUAUCAAUGCACCAAAUGUUGACAUUGAUCUGCCAAGAGCCAACCUUGAAGCUCCAGAUGUAGAUAUUCAAACUCCUGAUGUUGAUAUAAUUGCUCCCUCUGGGAAAAUAAAGCGGCCAAAAUUUAAGAAACACACAUUUGGCAAGAAGGUUAAAGCACCAGAGGCUGGCUUAGAUGCCAGUGUCUCAACACCUGAUUUAAGUCUCUCAGCACCAAAGAUAGAUGGAGAUAUCAGCAUCCCAAAAGGAAAUGUCAAUUUACCGUGCACUGAUGUUGAUGUAAAAGCACCUGAUGUAGACAUUAAUGCUCCGACUGCAAAGCACAAGUUCUCAACUUUUAAAAUGCCAAAGCUAAACUUACAUAAAUCAAAGCUGAAAACUCCAGAUCUAAAUGCAGGGAUACAUGCACCAGACUUGGACAUGUCAGCUCCUGGGAUAGAUAUUAAUCUGCCGAAAGCUGAACUGGAAGGACCAAAUCUAGAUGUCAAGGCACCAGACCUCAACCUCUCUGCUCCAAAUGUAGACAUUAAAACUACAGCUGCUGAUGUGACGGCACCAGAUAUUGGCAUAGAAGCUCCAUCUGCAAAGUUAAAGAAGCCCAAUGUUAAAUUGCCUAAAAUAAAUCUAUCUGGGCCAAAAAUGAAAGGUUCAGAUGUAGAUCUCAAUGCAAAGGCAGAUCUCCAUGGACCGGACUUAGACCUGAAAGAUCCAGAUUUCAGUCUUUCAGCACCCAAAGUUGAUGGCAAACUUAAUGCUCCAGAUCUGGAUCUGAACUUGCCCAAUGCUAAUGUCAAAAGUCCAAAUGUAGACCUUGAAGCCCCAGACAUUUACAUUGAUGCCCCCUCUAGCAAAGCCAAGGUACCUCACUUUAAGAUGCCUAAAUUUGGUCUUUCUGGACCCCGGGUUAAAACACCAAAACUAGAUGCACCUGAUGGUGAUGUAAACAUGCCCACAGCAGAACUCAAAGGACCUAAUGUAGAUGUUAAAGCACCUAAUCUUAGUGUUUCAACACCUAAAGUUAAAGGUGACAUUUCUGCUCCUUCUUUAGACCUUGGUUUACCAAAAGCCGACUUAAAUGCUCCAAGUGCAAACAUUGGGGGAAAUCUAAAGUCUCAAAAUCUCAAUCUCUCCACCCCAGAUGUAGACCUAGACUUGCCAAAAGUAGAGCUUGAAGGAUCUGAUGGUACCCUUAAAGUCCCAGAUGUUGACUGUUCUGGAAAAUAUAAAAUGCCACAUUUAAAUUUGCCAAAACUGAAUUUGACUGGGCCUAAGUUGGAUGCUAAUGCAGAUCUAGAUCUUGCAGUUCCCAAACUCAAAGGAGAAUUAAAUUCACCUAGUGUUGACUUAAAUCUUCCCAAAGCUGAGUUCAGUGUGCCUGAUGUAAAUGCAACUUUACCAAAAGCUGAGGUCAGUGUUCCCAAUGUAGAUUUUAAAUCCCCAGACUUAGAUACUCCAUCUGGUAAGCUGAAAAUGAUUACAUUUAAGAAACCAAAAGCUGACCUUUCUGGUCCAAAAGUGAAGACACCAGAGAUUGACUUUGAUACAGAAGCUCCUGAUCUCAGCCUCUCAGCUCCAACAGUUAAUGCGGAUGUCAAAGUGCCAGAUGCUGAUAUAAACCUUCCCACAGCAGACAUUGACAUCAAUGCUCCCAAAGGAAAAGUGAAAUUCCCAACACUCAAAAAGUUUAACCUAUCUGGUACGAAAGUCAAAUCUCCUGAUGUUGACAUUGCUGCUGAUAUAAGUGGACCAGACCUUAACCUAUCAGCUCCUGAGGUUGGUGCUCCUGAUCUUGAUGUGAGUCUUCCAAAAGCUGGGGUUGAUGUAGAUGUACCCACAGCAGAUGUUGACAUCAAUGCUCCCAAAGGAAAGUUUAAAUUCCCAACACUCAAAAAGUUUCAUCUGUCUGGUCCAAAAGUCAAAUCUCCUGAUGUUGACAUUGCUGCUGAUGUAAGUGGACCAGAUCUGAACUUAUCUGCACCUGGGGUUGGUACUCCUGAUGUUGACGUGAGUCUACCAAAUGCUGGGGUUGAUGUCGAAGAUCCAGGCAUUAACGCUGAAGCUGACGGCUCCAAGCAUAAGGUAAAAUGGCCCUUCAAAUGGAGAAAAUCUGCUGAACCAAAGGAUGUGGAUUUUAACAUUAAAGCACCAGAAGUAGAUGGUACCACUGCAGAAAUUAAACUCCCCCAAAAUAUGCCAUUGUUCAAGUCUCACCGACUUCCUGACAGCAACAUUGACAGUAUCUUACAAAAACUCACUGGAGCGGUUGACCUCAAUACUGAUCCUACAAAAACAACUAAUGACACAGUUAUCUCGGUCUCCUCAGUCAAGACAAAUCUUAAAGCUUCUUCUACGUCUGUUGGGAUCAAUGGACAGACAGCUAGUGUAGAUAUCCGGGAAAGGCUGAGAUUGUCUAAUGCGCGUACUACAAGCACAGAUUCAGAACCAAGCAGCCCUACAAAAGUGAAUAGAGGAACAUUUAAAGUCACAAAGCCUGAUGCUGAUAAGGACUACCCAGUAAUUGAUACAACUAGCAAUGAAGAUGAUGCCAAGAUUGCCCUCAGCUUGAACAACAUGCUUGGUUUGCCAACAGAUUGAACCUUAAAUAAAACCCAAGACCCUUGUUAGUGUAGUUCCACACUCACUGCAAAGUGCAUAUGUAAAAUAAUAUGUAAAAAAAAAAAAAAAAACAU